AUGCUUCAAGACACCUGGCGUUUAAAUAUUGAAUGGGACGAAUAUGUUCCUGACGGUAUUUACACUAAGUGGAAGAAAUUGAUUGACCUACUUAAAGUAAUAGAUAAUAUUCGCAUUCCUAGGUGCCACGCGAUGAUUGCAUGUUAUCAGAACAGGAUAGCGUGCGCAAGCGGGAUGGAAGUCCCCUCUCCCGUGCCAAAAGCUACGCCGCCACCCGCGCCUCUCGACUCGGCCACUCCGCUCGCAUCUUCCGCUGCUACGCAGUAUUCUACUACGAGCUACGAAACCGUAGCUGUCAAUAGCAGUGCUACAAAUACGAACAGGUGA